UGGCUGGGCUGGCCUUUGACCACGGGCACGGAGUGAGAGAGAGAGGCCGGCGGUUUCGCCAAGUUUCGCGUGAUGCGGAGUGGAGGGUCUGUUUGAAUGGGUGCGGCAUUCGCUUCCUUUCGUCUUCGUGUCCCAGGCCAUGUGUUCGGGGAGCCUAGAAACGCCGCCAUAAACACGCCACGACUUCCGGCCCGACGCUUUGGGACUCCGACACUUUUCGAACCCUUCCGCCUCCGCCUAGCCCGUCGAAAACUCCCGAGGUUCGGGUGGUUGGUCCGGAGCGCGAAAGAUCGCCCUCCCGCGUCGGCGUGACGUCUCCGGUCGGCCAGGCCAAUGGGAUAUUUGCUAAAUAUUUGCGUGCGCAGCGGUUUUAAAGGUCAUGAACUCUAACCUUCCCGUGUCGCGGAGACUUCGACGACGCUGCCGCCGGAGCAACAAGCCGCGGCGCUCCCGGGUACCGCUACGCCGCCCGCCUAGCGUGACGACGACUCGCUUGGGGUCACACCGCCGGCGCAGCAGGCAAGGUCAGUUGCGUGGUCGCCGUGCCCUUUGCGCCUGGAGGAAAGUCGCCCGUGCAACCUGUGACAACCGGCCUGCGGCGGACAGCUCGAGGGCCAGCGAGCUCGGCGCAGCCACAAGAGGUGCGCGUCAGCUGCACGCGUGUGCUGCCUGCCCGUCGGGCUGCGCUGACCCGUCGUAGCACUCCGGCUGUCAUCGCGCUGCCAGCACCGUCGCCACAGAGCAGUAAGACGGUCACAAACCUCAGAUAGAUGUUCCUGUUGUCUACCUCCAGCAUUUCAACCAAGCGGUGCAGCAUGCAGUGCUGAAGGCAGCACUUGAGGAGUCCAGUCAAUGGCGUCAGUGGACUCUCAAGACAGUGUGGAUGUCAAGGAGGAGCGACGCAGUCCGACGUCGCUGGCUGGGGGAUCAGACAAUGGGAGCAGCCCUGGAAGCCCCGAGUCUGGUGAAACCCAGGAAAACGGCGCAGCGCUUGGUGCGGAGUGGCUCGCGCUGCGGUUGCAUGAACUGCAAGAACCGCGGCGUGGUGCUACGGCGGCCACAGCAUCUGUGCUCCCCGCGUCGAACGUCAUCGAGCAGUGCGUGGUGUGUGGGGACCGGGCAUCGGGGCGUCACUAUGGUGCUGUGAGCUGUGAGGGGUGCAAAGGCUUCUUCAAACGCAGCAUCCGCAAACAGCUAGCUUACACAUGUCGUGGCAGCCGGGACUGUCAAGUGACAAAGCACCACCGGAACAGGUGCCAAUACUGCCGGCUACACAAGUGCCUCUCCAUGGGCAUGCGCGCCGACUCUGUGCUGCCCACACCCCUCGCCUCUCCCCCUGACCCCACAACUGCUGUGACCUACCCCGCCCCCUUGCUGCUGACGGCAGUCUCACACACAAUCCCCGGUGGUGGUUCUACGCUGAGGCUUUCGCGCCACAGGGUGGAAGCUGUGCAGUCGGAGCGCAAGCCCAGCGCGGAUUCGGCCAGCCGAUGUGAAAAGGGUGCAAGCACACUCCUCACGUCUGUGGGUGGCCUCUCAAGCCACGCAGUGAACAUGGCUCAUAGACAGGUGCCGCAUGCAACAGGCCCCGCACAGCACGAACAGCAGAACUCGAAAGCAAGCAGCAACAAGGAUGGCCCUAUCCCGGUGGGCACCAGCUGGGCACCUUGGGACGAAGAUGGCGAAGACCAGGCUGCUGACGAAGAGUCAUACUCAAGGUCGAGGCUGAGCCCAUCGUCUGGACCCCUGAUCUCAGAGGAGCAGGCUCUCUUUCGUGUGACCCUUCCAACGACUCCGUUGGGUGGUGCACUCAAUGUGCAUUACGUCUGCGAGAGUGCCUCCCGCAUCUUGUUUCGGUCGCUCAUAUGGACACGUACCCUGCCGGCAUUUGAGGAGCUGCCGGCAUCGCUCCAGCUGGCAUUGGUGCAAUCAGCGUGGAGUGAAAUUUUCACCCUGGGGCUGCUCCAGUGUGCAGAGCAGAUGCAACUCUCCACACUGCUGUCAACGGUGGUGACACACCUGAACGCCAAGGGUGGCCCUGCCAGUGAUAUCAUGGGCAGCUCUCAGCGUGCCCAGGUGUCCGAGCAUGUGGCUUCUCUGCAGCGCCUCCUCACGGCAGCGCAAAGGUUGCAGCUCGAUGACCAGGAAUAUGCCUUGCUAAAGUCUCUGGUGCUUUUUUGCCCUGACCGACCCGGCCUGGGGCCGGAGUGGUGCGCACGCCUGGAGCGUCUCCAGGAGCGCACCUGCCGGGAGCUCGAGUUGCACUCAGGUGCCACCAGUGGGACCUGGAGUGGGAGCCGUGCGCACCGGCUUUUGUUGCAGCUGGCACCCCUACGUGCCUUGCAGCCCUCGCUGACCGAGGACCUCUUCUUUGCGGGCCUCAUUGGCAGCGUGCGUAUCGGGAGCAUCCUGCCUUUCAUCUUGCGCAUGGACCCUCAGCAGCUCGAGCGGGGCAUGAAGUCUGAUGCAGUAAGCUGAGCAGUGCUUCCUUUGAAGACGAAGGGUGCCUUCCUACUGCGGCCAGGAGUGCCUUUAUUCAAAAGUUGUCACGAACCCGGUGAUAUACUCAAGUCAAGUGCAGAUAUUAAAGAAAAAAAGAUAUGCCUGGACGGGCAACAUUUCCAAGAAACAUAUUGACCGUGAUGUUCAUACACAUAUUUUUAUUCCUGUAAAGCACAAGCCAAGUUUGUGCUUUGGAACAUUUCUUAUACACAUAUGUUGCACACAUAGCAGCGCCAGUAUGACGAAUUCAACACACGCAAUGUUCUUAUGUAAAAAUGAAAACAUUAAAAUCGUACAUAUAUAUUG